GUCGCGCGCAGUACUCGCGGCACACGUCUGGCACUUUCAAGACAAACUCCGCGAAACACGCGACGAAGACGUUUGAUUUUUGAAUCCGGCAGAGUGGAACGACAUAGGAAUCGCUCUUUUCGCGGUAAAUCGGAGCCACGCGUCAACGGGACGCGCGUGUCUCUGCGCGUCGCCCCGGCGUCUUUCUUUUCAAGGAACGCGUAAUGCUAUCACAUGGGGAAGACCGAAGUGUCAACGAUCAAUAGUAUUACGAAAAUGACUUGGUGAUUCAUGUGCCGAGAGUUUCGCGCGAGUCAUGGUGUCGGGGGACAACGAGAGGCUGCUGCCCGAGCCUGAGAAUUAUGCCAAAUGUUUUUACGAUCUCUUCAAAAACGUCGCCGAGGCGCAAAGGAAUAAAGGAGAAUGGAGGAAAUGUAAAAGAAAUAAGAGUAUUCGUAAACGAGACAAAAAAAAGAUCGACUUGAAUGGGGAAUUGAAUUAUAACAAUCCCCCAGAAAUAGAGACAUCUUGUAAUGCCUCUGCAUUCGCUGUGUUUGCUAGUGUGAGACAUGCUAUUUUAGAGAAACAUGCAAAAACAUCAAGUGAGAUUUAUAGAUCAAACUGUACCUCUCCCCCAACAGAACUUAGUGACACAAUAGACACAGACAGUGACGAUGAAGAUAGGAUAUCUACUAUACAAAAUUUACCCAAGGUUGUAGGUAUUGGUUUAAAAAGUGUUUUUACAUUGAUGCGAGAAAGUAGAACCAUUGACCCAAUCUUGUGUACAAAAGCAUUGUCAGCUCUAUUGGAUGUUUUACAAGGGCAAUUGCCUGAAGGCCUCAAGUCCGAACCAGAUGACGUUAUUGAUCCACUGUUCGAUCUGUUAUUGGAUCUCGCGACAUCUCACGGUCCUGAGUCAGCUGCUGCCAAUGAUGGCAGUCACUUGACAGCUGUCGCUUGUGCAUGUUUACUGAGCCUUGUUGUGGUGAGAGGUGACACUGGACGUCUGCUGGCGGCGAUAGCAGCUCUGCUCAUGUCUCCCAGAGCAUUAGCAGUACAAAAUAUUCGGAUGCCAUAUGUGUUAAUGUAUCUGCAGAAAAGUAUUCAUGCCGUUUUGUUAGGUAAACUUGUGAGACCAGAUUGGAUUACGUACGGAGUUCCUAAGUGUUCUAAAAUAUAUACCUCUACGCUUAAGUUGUCAAGUGAGAUGAACAAUAUGGUUUUGAAUGAACGAAGCUUUGUGAGCGACGGGAAGUACUUGUAUUUGCACACGAAUCGUGGUCUACUGAAGAUCGGAAGUGGCCACGGUGGUACGAUAUGGGGGCAUACAUAUAUACAUAAGGCAGACUUUUAUCCAACAGAAACAGGAUGGCUUGGCUAUGCGAAUCGUUCGUUGUACUUCAAAUGUGCACCCAGGAAACAGAGAGAAUUAUUGAUUAUUGAUGCAGAAACACUCUUGGUAAAAGGAAUCGCUGUAUUAGAAGGAAAAGACUGGUCAUCGUCUGUCAUGUUUUCCGACGGUGAAAAUCUAGGCAUGAUAACAGCGGGCAAGGAUGAAGGCUUUGUAGUACGUACUAUAAAUACACUGAGUAAUCCUGUAACGGUUACCUCUGAACUACCACUGAAAUUGGCAAGAAAAUGCGUGGAUAUAUUUGGGUACGCGAUAUUCGAUGAGGAACAAUCGGUACAUACUUUGAAUUCAGGAUGUGACGAUGAAAUUUCAAUAGUUACAGCAGGGAAAGAAUUUGGAUUAUUGAAAACAGUAUCAGGAAAGUUAUUAUAUAGUGGAAAAGGCACUUGUCUCGGUAUGAAGAGUAACACAAGGCCUAAUAGUUGGCUCGAGCUUACCUUGGGUAAAGGUCCGAGGGUUACGCAUUUCGCGGUAGGACACGAUGGACAACAUGUCGUAAUAGUUAUGGAAGACGGCUCUGUUUUAUUCGCUGGUACUGCUAGACGCGGGGAAGAUGGAGACAGUAAUAAAGUUCGAAGACAACCAAAACCGGUAAAACCAAAGAAAAUGGCGAAAGUGGAAAGUCAGUUUAUCGUGGACGCUGCUUGCAACAAUGGAUCUACCGCUCUAGUGACAAAAGACGGUUCUCUAUUGAUGUUUGGCAAGGACACACUGCACAGUGACGCAGUUACAGGAUUAGUUACCGAUCUGAGGGAAGUGUGCGUGACUCGCGUAUCGUUGGGCAAGGCUCACGCCGCCGUGUUAACUAAUAAAGGCCACCUAUAUACGUUCGGUAUAAACAAUAAAGGACAGUGUGGUCGUGAUUCAGCAACGGUGCAUACGGUUAACAAAGAAAUGUCGGUGGUCGCGAUGGAAAUGGGCACGGGGGAGGACGAACUCAUAGUAGCGGAAGAGGAGAGCGUGAAUUAUAUGAAUUGGGAAGAGACAAGGGGCAUGUGUCCACCAGGGCAGCAUCAAUGGCGGCAUCGCGUUUGCAUGGUUUGCACGAUAUGCAGAGAGUGCACCGGCUACAGUAUCUCAUGCUUGAGCAGCAUACGUCCUGACCGGUAUCCCGGUCAAGAGUGCGGAUGUGGCGAAGGAGAUAGCGGGUGCGCAGAGUGCGGAUGUUGCCGUACGUGCGCGAGGAAGAGUUGCAGCAACGGCAUAUCGCGCUCGAAUCUUCGGGAAUACCUGCAGAGACGUCUGGGUGAAAUAAAGGAGCGGCAGAGAUGCAAAGCCGGACCGAGCACCGUGAAAUACGGCAUGAAAAUUAAAGGAUCGAACAAUCAGCGCGCGCCCGGCCCGAGCAUCGCGCAGAAAGGAUUUCCGGACAAAGUGGCGUCGGGCUUGGGUAAUCUCGUGACCGAAGAGACCGUCGGCGGCAGCGAUGUGGAAAGAGGAGACGCGGCGAGAAUCGCUAGCAUAUCACCGGCUAGAGUUCUCGUGCCCAGCGAGAGCCCCGUGAUCCAAGUGUCCUGCGGCCUGCAUCACACGGUGUUGCUGCUGCAAAAUGGCGAGGUGUACACGUUCGGCAGUAACAUAUACGGCCAGUUGGGCGUCGGGGACUUGGUGGCGCAUUCGGGACCGGUUCAAGUCAAACUGCCGACCAUCGCUACCCAGAUCGUCGCCGGGAGCAAUCAUACCGUCAUUCUCACGUCGAAGGGCGAGGUUUAUACGUUUGGUGCGUAUCAGAAGGGACAGCUCGGCAUGAACUGGUGGAACGGUCAGAAUGAGUCCACCAACACCAACUCUCAGGCGAACCGUCGCGCUGACCGAUCUCAACCGUGGCACAGCUUCCCGAACGUAGUACCGAAUAUCGGGCCUCGAUGGGGUAGACGAGCCACGUGGAUUGGCGCGGCUGGUGAUCAGACGUACAUCAAGAUAGACGAGAUCAAUUCUAUCAGUUUGACGCGGAGCACCGUUAUGGCGAAUAAGAACUGCAUCAUCCUGAUACCCCACCAAAACGAGCACGCCAGUUCUUUCAAGAGUCUGGUGAUUAGCAAACGCGACGGCAGCUGCAACAGCUACAGUGGCGUAGAUCAGGUCGACUUCAGCAAUUGCGCAGCGUGUUUGGAUCCUCUAUACAAUGUAAUCUGGACCUUCAACUCGACGAAUAACGAGAUCAGCUUGUAUAACAUAAUAUCGACGGAAGCUAGGACGAUACCCGGCUUGGAAGCUUCCAUACUCAAUCCAGGCCUGGCGCUCCCGGUUGUGCCGAUCUGCUACGUCACGCGCUCUCAGGCCGCGAUGAACUUGUUGGCCUGCCUGGACACACUAACCCAGGCCCAAGACGAAAACCUAUCGAUAGUCGAAGAGAAUGAGUACAAUCAUUUGAUACACAAUAAGAUUUACAGUCGCGAGGACUUCUCCACGGUCAGUAGAUUCGAAAGUCAUGGAGGAGGUUGGGGCUACUCUCCUCACUCGAUCGAGGCGAUCCGAUUUAUGCCAGAUACAGACAUUUUGUUGGGGGGAUAUGGUUUGUUUGGCGGUCGGGGCGAGUACACGGCGAAAAUAAAGGUCUUCGACAUCGGCAUUGAUGGUGGGGAUCAGGAAAACGACGGAGAGCUUCUCGCAGAGACGGACGAAAUCCCGUACGAGUGUGGCCCAAGGCAGAAGUAUUCGAUCUUGUUUGACGAGGCUGUAUCCUUGCAGGCGAACAAGUGGUACGUAGCGUGGGUCAAGGUCAGUGGACCUUCCAGCGACUGCGGUUCCGGUGGGCAGGGGAUGGUCACAGCCGAGGAUCAGGUAAUGUUUUACUUCAAAUCUUCCAAAAGAUCCAACAACGGUACCGAUGUCAACGCCGGUCAGAUUCCCCAAUUGCUGUACCGCGUCAUCACGCACGAGAACCAGACGUCAAACAGACAGAGAGACGAAUACGAGCCGAUUUACGUGCUGAAAAGAGAUUUUAGCAGGACUGUGACGAAAGAGUGCUUCCAGUCCUUGAUAUCUCUCCUUCAGUGGAGCUGGAACACGUUGAAAGCAGGAUUAGCCGACGCGGCCGUGCAUAGCGCGUCCUCGACUUACGCGCUACUUGAGAUGGAACGCUUGGUGUACAUAAGCAAGGCUAGCUUACGACUGAUCAGAACGUACACCAACGAAAUUUAUCCUAACCACGCCGUCAGGAAGGUCCCUCUCGAGUCGGUACGCUUGGCGGAAUGUAUAGGGGAAGUACGCUCGUUGUUGCGUCAAAUUCUGUCCGAUUCUUUACCUUUCAAUCUCAAGAACAAAGGUAAGACACGGUCCAACAAAAGCUCCAGCGGAAUUCUGGGGAACAAAAUGGCGAGCACCAUAUUAGACGAGUGUCACAAGACUUUUGUGUCCUGUUAUCACGCGUUCUACCCUACCGCGUAUUUAAAAUGGACCUCCUUAUGCGAGCUGUUAUCGGAGAUCAACAAGGAGCAAGGUACAACCACGAAGGAUCGUCUUCUUUCCGCCGUGUUGGCUUCCUUGUGCAAUUCCGCGAUACGAUUAAGGUGCACGUUCCCGAUUUUGAAUAACGUCACGGACAGCAGCGACAGUAUGAAACGACAGUUCAGUCCGGCCGAUAACAAUCCCGGCUUGCUCAUGGCGAGUGCCGCGGAGACGCACCAAUAUCCGAUCUUGGUUGAGCAGAUCACUUACAAGUCCGAAGCGGAGAGCUCUGGCAAGGAGACGCUGAACUGGUCGUUCCGCGAGGUCCUCGACAGACUGUUGGACUUGAUAUUGAUACCGAUCAAGAAAAACCUGUGCAGAGAGAAGAGCCAGUCCUUGCCGGAAUUGGUUCUCCAUUGCUGUUACUUGUUGGCGCGAGUCAUAGCGGAAUUGGCUGCGCAGUCGAGUGGGAACGAAGACGAACUGCAAGCGGCCUGCGGUCGGCUCAUGUACACCACACCUUCGAGGUUCACGCGAACGAAUCAGUCGAGAUCGUGGAAUACCGGUAACGGCUCGCCCGACGCUAUCUGCUUCUCUGUCGACAGGCCGGGCAUUGUCAUCGCCGGCGUGGGCAUCUACGGGGGCGCGGGGGUGUACGACUACGAGUUGGAGCUGUUGGACGACCAAAACAAUACCGGCAACGAUCCAUCGCAUACUCAACGCUGGAGUAGCUUAGACUUCACGAGAGGAACCUUCGGACCGGAUGAUUGCGUUAACGAUAUAGUAGAGUUGAAGUUUGACAAACCAGUGCUCAUAAAAGAGAACGUGAAGUAUGCUAUUAGAUUGCGAAACCGCGGAGGACGGACCAGUAACGGCGACGGCGGCUUGAGCGUUGUCAAAGGAGCGGAUGGCACAACGUUUACAUUUACUGCCUGUUCCCUGAGUUUCAACGGCACCACGCAAACCAGAGGUCAAAUACCACACAUUUUAUAUUAUUCAAAUCCACAAAGUUCCGACGGGCAGCACACGAACAAGGCAAUGGCGGAAGUGCAGGCGAGGAAGUGCACUCUCGCCAUGACUUCGACCAUCAUUCAACGGUCGAACGAGAUUUUUUCUCUGGCGAGGGAGAGAGCGGAAGAAGUGAUAGCCAAUGAAGUCCUCAGUAAUGCGACCUUCGUAACGACCCUCUUGCCGUUAGUGAUGACGCACAUUAGUCCCUUAGCUACGUCAGAUCCCAGAAGUAGCGUGCAGAUCCUCACUUUGAUACAGGAGAUGUUGCCACACGUAGCAGCUCUGAACUUGUUAUCUGCAAUGGGAACUUCUCAAAUAUCUCAAGACAGCGAAACUCAAUCACACUUUGCUCCUCCGGUUACCACCAGUCAUCAUUAUACUUGGCUUGAGAGCGAUCAUCCUUAUAAACCAGCUACAGUGUCGUAUUACAAAGUUACUUUUCCAGAGACAGUCAAGUGGUUAACUGUCGAAUUCACCGCCGAAUGCGGUACAUCGCAACCGGAGGAUUACCUGCAAUUAUAUGUACCAAAUAUCAUUCCCAAUUCUACUGCCGGGUCAGUCACGAAUACCGCGAGCGAGAACAUUCCUCUGUACUGGCCGGUGUUGCACAAGUUGAGCAAUGUUCAAAGUCAAUGGCCUCAAAACGCCGUUGUGUUACCAGGAAACGAAGUGAUAUUUUCUUUGGAAACCGCAUCCGAUUAUGUGAAGAACGAGAGUUCCAACACCUACGGCUUCAAGUGUUUAGUUACCGGUUACGAUUGGAUAACGUCCGGCCAUGGUCUGAAGAAUCUAGAAAUUGAGUUAUCUUUCCUUGGAGGAGCGUGCGCUGCUAGUCUCAUGAAGAAAAAUUUGUCAUUGCCUCCAGUAUCAUCGGAGGAGGUUGAAGAGGACUCGGAGUCGAUGCAGGAAACAGCAAAGAGGAUCUUCUCUGUACAUUCAACGUUACUUGGACGAGGAUUCGCACUUGCGUCGCCUCCCACGGUCUCCCAGGCUCUCGACGGCGUGCUUCCGUACAGUUUUCACUCGAACGAGCGUCUAUUCCUGCGCGACUUCGUCUCCUGCUCGGCCGGCACCAGCGGCGGCAGACUCGCGAGAUGGCUACAGCCGGACAGCUUCGUGGAUCCCUCUCAAUGCGAGGCGCUUUAUUCACGCGAAGAUAUGAGAUGCGGAUGGCCGGCCAUCGUCACCGUCCUCACGAGGGAUCAAUACGGCGAGGUCGUGCAUGUUCCUGGAUUGAAGGUCGAAGUGAAAGCGGUGCCGAUCGAUAAGACAGACAUCACGGAGUCUGACCAGAGCAGAAAGAUCCGCCGCGUCUCGCAGCCGGACCCCAUGACUUUUGGCGGUCAUCCGCAGCCUCCUCUGGACGUUCCCUACGAGGUCACCAUCAACAACAAGAUGUGCUUCUAUGCCAUCAACAUCAUGAAAGCCUAUCAGAAUUACUCGUUCGAGGAGCUGCGGUUGAUGUCGCCCGCCGUGAAGAGGUCGAGCGAGAGCAUGCUAGUUAGACCUAACGGCGACGGCAGUUACAGCGCCACGUGGACGCCGUCCUCGGUCGGCUGGUACUCGCUGAUGAUCACAGUAGACAGUUACAAUAUGGAAGAUAAUUACAAAGUCGAGGUGAAGGAGUCUCCGCAGGGCAUGCAACCGCCCACGCAGAACAUUGUGAAAAAGCCGCAGCUGCAGCCGAGCAGACUCCGGAAAUUCGUGGCGAAGAACAGCGCCGGUCUGAGAAUACGAGCCCAUCCGUCAUUGCAGAGCGAACAAAUCGGAUUCGUCUCGGUUAAUGACACUAUAGCGUUCGUCGAUGAGAUUCAUAAUGACGACGGCGUAUGGCUGCGAUUAAAUGCAGAGACAAUCAAAGAAUACUGCAACAGUUGUCACUUGGAGGCUUGGUGCUUGCAGUACAAUCAGCAUUUAGGAAAGAGUCUGCUGCUCCCGGUAGAGGAACCAAAAUCUAUUCUGGACCAAGUUAUUAAAGAGACUAUCAUGCGGAAGCGACCCGACACUAGCGAUGAUAAAAGGAAGACUGUAACUUUCGAUGCCGGAAGGAGCAUGAUAGUCGUGAAAUGCGGAGCUUCCGGACACAAUAUUAGAAGUAAGCCGAACUUGAAGAGCGCGCCAGUUGGAAUGUUGGCGCUUGGGAAUACAGUGACCAUUCAGGAAUAUUCCGUGAAUCACGAAGGGACUUGGGUACGUAUCGAUGACGAUUCGGUGACCAAGUAUUGCUUCGACAAAGGUCGAGGUGUAGACGGCGAAGCGUGGUCGCUCGCGACUAACAAACACGGCGUGAUUUACAUGAAGAUCGAACAGGAUUUGGAGAACGAUCCGAUAGAGAAAAAGCCGAUGAUCCCGGACCCGAUCGUUUCUCCGAGUAACAAAGGCUUCGACUUUUCAAUACCAUCCGUGAGCCAUGAGGGCUUCAACUUCACCACGCAAAACUACACACCAGAUGCAACGGAGUCGGUCGAGGGUUGCAACACGAAUCCAUUUGUUUUUGGUUCAUACAAUCAGCAUGACUCGCCAGGAAGCGAACGCUUCACGCCGGAGAAAGCCGACGGAACCGCGAAGUUCUCGAAGCCCCAUUCCAAGGAGAGAGUGGCGAAAGAGCGCGAGAGGGAAGGCGGCGGCGGAAAGUUUAGCGUUCUUCAAAAAUGGCUCAGAGGGGAUGAUAAAUGUCACGGAGAGAAAAGAAGUUCUCCGGGCAGAGAUUUCUCGGAAUUCGUGGGCGUAUCUGUGAAGGAGUUGGUAAAAGCGAUGGGGGAAAGUCGCGCGAACGGCAACGGGGCGACGCCGCCGGAGACUCCCCGGCGAAUGUCAAGAAGUUCCUCGCCGAAGAAUCCCCAAGGUGGGUCACCAAGAUUUCGCAGUCCGUCCUCUAGCCCAGUCCCGAUACCCGAAGCUGUGAGAACGGACGCUGAUACUUCUGGGUCCAGUCGGCAGCCAGCUGUUUCUGGCAAUUGCCUCUUCCCUCCUGCUGCUAACGCACCAGGUGGGAGAAGUGCGAUAGGAGGGGGAGAGAGUAUGAGUAGCAGCCCUGUACUCUGCGGCUCCCCCCGAAGUGUCGGCCUCUCCCCGUUAGUGUCGGGAGGGAUGGUCGACAGCAUCACGUCGCAACGUCGCAGCUCGACGCAGAGCGACACAAGUGCCUUGGUUAGCAGUCUAACGCGAGAUCCAUCUCAGUCACCGAGUGGCAUUAGUACUACUGCCAAUACGCGUGAUCUAUCACCGAGUCCAAGUUGCAGUUCUUUACACAUGAGAUCUGAGGGCAGCAUAGCGAGCCCGCCCGAUACUCCCAAGAAGGAUUGUUGUUGCGAUUCUCAAGAGAGCCCGCGCAAAGUGUCGCAGGCGCAGACACAAACGAGUCCUGAGAGCGCCACUACGGCGAUGAAGGGCCAUUUUAGCAUCGGUUCGUCCGGGGUGAAGGACGAGCGGCAUUCGCCGAAGAUGAGCAGAAGGGAUCACAUGAAAGUUGCGAAGACGAGGGCGAAACGCGCCAUGUCGCCAGCGAACGCGCAGCAAAGUCCCAAUCCUAAUCGCCCUCUGAAUUUGAGCAAGGACAAAGUGAAGGAAGCGGUCAGUCCUUCCGUGGCGGAAUGUCUCAGAGCAGUUUUCGCGGCGUUUUUAUGGCACGAGGGUAUCGUGCACGACGCCAUGGCUUGCGCGAGUUUUCUCAAGUUUCAUCCAACUUUGCCGAAGCAGGGCGCGCUGGUUGUAACCAGACAGACUGUCUUACAACCCAGCGACAAACAACAACAGGAGCAAAAGGCACGGCAAAGGCACUCCGUCGAGGUGACCAACGCCGGCAAUUAUUUGCACAUUCAACCCAGCACGUUGGAGACUCUCACACGUUCAGCCGCGAACGCUAAUGCCAAUAGAAACAGGAAAAAGCAGGAGAAUACGAUCAAGGAGGAGAUCCAGGCAAACAGCAGUAAGCUCACUUCUCUGCCCGAAUUUCACACGGUUGCGGUGCUACCGCCCGCUCUCAAGAGUCUAGUCUUCCUCUGGGAAGAACUCAGCACGAAUUGCUUGCAAGCCAUCGAGCAACAGUCGAUCCUACCCAGUCCUAUAUCGCACAUACAAACGAUGAAGCUGGCGAAACGACCGAUGCCGGAGAAACGUCCCCGGGAGGACAAGGUGAAGGAGCGCGAAAAGAAAGGUAGUAGAAAGAAGAAGGAGUGGCGGCCUAUAGGAAGAGCGGACACUUCUGAGGUUUUUACAGGGAUCGAACGCGAGACUAUCUGCGAGCUCUGCGGUCUGAUGUUCCCGCAUCCAGUCACUUAUCACAUGAAGAUGAUGCACCCAGGCUGCGGCUGGCAUGCCGGCGGGAAAGGAUACAACAGCGGUGGCAGCUACUGCGUGGGGUGGGCGGGUAACUGCGGUGACGGCGGUGUUGGUGGUAGUUCGUGGUACUUGAUCUGUGACACCUGUCGAGAUAAGUACUUGAAAGCCAGGAGAAGCAAGUUGGCGAAGAAAUUGGAGACCGGCAUAUCCAAGAGGAAGAGCAGCAGUAGCAAAGCUCUGUCCCCGAUUUACAGCCCCGGCGGGAACGAGACUCAUAUCAUUAUGAAGAAUAACGCGAUGUUUCUGUUGGAUCUGGCCAGCGCGUCCGGCUUCAAUAUUCCGAAACAACAGCGCCGACCCUCACAGACACUGUCAUCCGUAGCGGAAAAUUAUAGCCCCCCAGAGGCCGCCGGGCCGUUCCCGCCGACAGGACCGUUCCAGUGUUUGCAGGCUUUGGGUGUACAUCACUCGCAGAGUCACGACGAAAGAUACUACGAGGAAGCUCUGAGGCGUCAAAACGGCCAACAGAGUAAUUACGAAGGAGCCAACGCCAUGUACAACAACACAAACGGCAGACCGUUAUCGGAAUAUCCAAUGAGCGAUAGCGAUAUCGAAAGCAGCAAGUAUCGCAGCAUGUUUCAUAGAUCGGUGUCCAUGUCAACCGGUGCACCUUGGGCUAGAAACAGUAAUGACGGUCGAAUCGUCAUGAUGAGAAAACGAAAUAACAGCAGUAGCGAAAUGAAUAACGAAGCGGGUUCUUCACUUCUGUGUUACCCGUCUGCCGCACUCCAGAAAUUAGUGCCAUCGAUGGACCAAUCCGCGAUUGUAUCUUCGAGCCAAACCGAAGUAGCGAAUAACGAUCGGAUAGAGAUCCUCAUGAGACCUGUGAUGUUGUUCGUUCUUCAACAACACAACUUGCAGCAUCUGCAGCUCGCAAUGAAGCAAGCGUUGCGCCGUGCCGCCUGCCGAGUUUAUGCGAUGCAGGCGUUAAAUUGGCUUUUGAGGAGCGUAACGCAACCAAUUUGCUUGCACGACUUACUUUGGUGGUUCGUCUCGUCUCUUACGCCGGUUGCUCCUCCCGACACUGCAGAUACAAACGAUGACGACAAUAGAACGGAAAAAAAGGAGGAACAUGACAUGAUUGGCGUUAGCGAACACCCUUUAAGCGACUUGGUAAUAGCUGGAGAAUCUGUCAAUCCAUUGCCGACUGUGUUUCACACUUUGUUACAAACUAUUGCGGAUCUGAUGUUAUUACCACCACUUGGAUCUCCGUUACAACAAGCUGCGAUUCGGUGUUGGGGUAUUCGCUUUACGCCAGCAGAUCAUAUGUUCCUGCAUAGAAGUCAUGUAUUUAGUAAUAUUAGUAAGAUUCUCUCGCGAUCCGAGGAAGAAGAAGACGUGACAAUGAGUAUGCACGAGAGCCACCAGUCGACGGUUUCGCAGCAAAUGAGCGGCUGCGUGGAAGCUUUGAAGGACUUAACGUCCAGCAUUGAUAUUAAAGCGUCCAGCAGGCAAGCUAUGAUCGGCAGCCUCACGGACAAUUCUACAGAAACGUUUUGGGAAUCUGGAGAUGAAGAUCGUAACAAGACCAAAGUCAUUACUAUCGUCUGUGGUGCGCAUUCUUUGCCAAGAAUGGUAUACGUGCACAUCGAUAAUUGUCGUGAUCUAACACAUAAAGUAUCGAGUGUAACUUUCCUGUCUGGUGUUAAUUCCGACGAAAUGAUCAAACUGAGAUCCGUAGAGAUCGAAAGUAGAUCAGCUGGGUGGAUUAAUUGCCCCAUCACUGAUCAACGUCACGUAGUGGGUAUGGAACUAAAGGGUCCAGAUAAUUCCUUAAGAGUUCGCCAGAUCAGAGUAUUAGGCGAGAUCGAAGGAGAAUCCUUGAAAGUAGGAAAGCAGCUGAGCGCACAGACCAUCCAGCAGAGAAACUGCGAGGCGGAAACCUUGAAAGUGUUUCGCUUAAUCACUUCUCAGGUAUUCGGGAAGCUUAUACAAGGCAAGAAACAACAACAGAUGGAGCCGAUAGAAGGCGUUAAUGAGGACGUGGAAGAUAGCAAUGACCUGAGAGAGCAUAUGGUCGGAAUAUUAUUCAGCCGAAGUAACCUGACACACUUGCAGAAACAAGUGUGUACUCACAUCGUGCAGGCGAUUAGAAAGGAGACUAUACGCAUGAGAGAAGAAUGGGAGACACUUCUUUUUUCACCGACAUCCGCUAAUAGUUUGCUGAGCGACAACAGCGAUCUGCAGAAGGCGACCGAUACGUAUUGCUUCGAAAUGCUUUCGAUGGUUCUCGCUCUAAGCGGUAGUUCCGUAGGGCAAUAUUACUUAUCGCAUCAGACUGGCUUACUGAAAGAUCUAUUGAGCUUAUUGCAUACUGGAUCGGCUAGGGUGCAGCGUCAAGUAACAUCUCUCUUAAGGCGAAUAUUGCCCGAGAUUAAACCCGAGACAUUAGCGAGCGUCAUAAACGUCGAACAACUGCCGCCCACCGACUUUAGUAUCGUAUCCGCGGCGAACAGCAGCCUCACUCAUGUUGCGGAUUUCAACGAACAUUCCGCUGGGAUUCUCGACGUGUUUCUAAGUUGUAUCGCGAAGGCAUUGACUGUGCAAGUUAAGAUGAAAGGAAAGGAAAACAACGGCAAGGCCCUUCAGAGUGUCUCGUUAGCCACAAGCAUUCACCCGGACACUUAUGUCGGAACGAGGUGGUGGUUGAGAGGUUGCAUGACCCGAAAGCUGGCGGAAGUACUGAUUCAGCUUUUGAAGGAUAUGGCAUCUGGCAAAUUGUCGGAGGAAUGGGCGUCUGUGACGAAAGCGGGGAUUGCUGAGAACAUUCUGAACUUGACUAGGUUGGACGAGAAGAGUCGCGAUCCUACGGAAUGUCUUCGAUCUCCAACAUUAUGGUUAGCAUUAGCUUCUUUAUGCGUCUUAGAUUCGGACCAUGUGGAAAGGUUGUCGUCUGGUCAAUGGAGAGGCUCCGAGGGACAAGCGCCGCCGCCUAGACCGACAUGCAGCAAUCACGACGACGACGAGACCACAGCUAUUAUCCAAUGUAACAUUUGUGGUAAUCUGUGCGCGGAAUGCGACCGAAUUCUCCACCUCCAUAGGAGAACGAAGACACAUCUCAGACAAGUGUGCAAGGAGGAAGAAGAGGCGAUACGGGUAGAUCUUCACGAGGGUUGUGGCAGAACAAAAUUAUUCUGGAUUUUGGCUCUGGCGGAUAGCAGAACGUUGAAGGCGCUGGUAGAAUUUCGUGACGGUUCGCCGAGAAAACCGGUCGGCGCGACUACCGGUAUUUGUCGAUUUUGCGGCACCACCGGGAACACGGGCUUGUUGGCGAUAGGGAACAUCUGCGCUGACCACGAUUGCCAGGAGCAUUCCAAUAAUGCUUGUAACAAGGUUCACUCUUGCGGCCACAUUUGCGGCGGUGUUAGGAACGAGAGAACUUGUCUGCCUUGUCUGCAUCGUUGCUUACCGGGGGUCGAUUUGAAACAGGACGCCGACGAUAUGUGCAUGAUCUGCUUCACCGAAGCUCUCUCCUGUGCUCCAGCGAUUCAGUUGCAGUGCGGUCACGUGUUCCAUCUGCACUGCUGCCGACACGUGCUGAUGAAGCGUUGGGUGGGACCGCGAAUCACCUUCGGCUUCUCCCUGUGUCCAAUUUGCAAGGUACCGAUGGAGCAUCCAACGUUGUCCGAGCAGUUGGUUAGCGUGAAAGAACUCUACGAAGAUGUACGAAGGAAGGCUCUGAUGCGCUUGGAAUAUGAAGGAUUGCACAAGGCCGAAGGAGCCUUCGCACCUGGCGGUCGUCAUCAAGAUCCAGCUGCCUACGCGAUGGAACGGUACGCGUACUACGUGUGCUACAAAUGCCAGAAGGCCUACUAUGGUGGUGAGGCGCGAUGCGACGCACAGCUAGGCGGAGAGUCGUUUGAUCCUACGGAACUGGUGUGCGGCGGAUGUAGCGACGUGGCAAGGGCUCAGAUGUGUCCGAAGCACGGGGCAGACUUCCUCGAGUAUAAAUGCCGAUACUGUUGUUCAGUGGCGGUCUUCUUCUGCUUCGGAACCACGCACUUCUGCAAACCUUGCCACGACGACUUCCAGCGAGUUACCACCAUCCCCAAGAACGAACUGCCUCUGUGUCCCGCUGGUCCCACAUCCAAGCAGUUGGAAGGCGACGAGUGCCCGUUGCAUGUGAAACAUCCGCCGACGGGAGAAGAGUUCGCUUUGGGUUGCGGCAUUUGUCGCAACGCGCACACAUUCUAAGCUUCCAAUGCUCUCUCUUGUGAUUAUCAUGAAAUUGGAAUUGACACAACCUGUAGCAAUGGGUCUCAUAGUUUCAAUACCUGGCGAAAAUUAUGCGAUGUGACAGAAGAUACCAUAUUUGUUAAGUAAUAGAUAAGUCGUUUUUAUCGGUAAAUUUAGUGAUUAGCCGCCGACAGUAAGAGAGGGAGAGAGAGAAAGAGAGCGAGAGAGCGAACCUGCAAGCUUGCGUGUCAGACUUCCAUGCGAUUUAAGAGGAAGAUUUGCAUUGGACGCUAUGUAGGCUGUAAUUGAUAUUUGUAAUGUGUCUUAAAAAAUAGGAAUGGGAUCAAGUACACAUCUAAUAUAGUAUCAAUUUUAUGAAUAUAUUGGAACAUAACACAGCAUUUAAAGUAUAAUCAAAACUUUCCGUUUCUCAAUCGAACCAAAGUAUGCAUACGUUUUGGAAUGUAACAAUAUCAUAAUCGAAACAUUCUCAAAUAUAUAUACACAUAUAUAUUACGUAUAAUCAUUUAGUAUGUACUUGAUUCUAUAUUUGAUUGUAGUAAAUUCUUUACAAGUGUGUGAGAUAUAUCUAUGACGAUCUAUAAGUAUUCGAUUUUAGUGGAAUGAUAUCUAGCUAUUGAAUUAACUAAGAUUUAUAAAUACAUACUAAACUUGGUCCCAUCCUAGUUUUAAGCAUUGAAGAAAAGAAAAAUAAUAUAAUUCUGUGCACUUUGUUUAAAGUCCACUUUAGGACUCUGCGUCUAUAAGAAUCUAUAAGGAUAAGAUUAAAAAGAUCUAUAAUUGACGACAGAAUAUGGAAUGCAAUUCUAAAUUCUAAGAAAAUAUUCGAUAAAAUUCGAAUUAGAAAUUAGGUAAAAUAAAAUUCUAUUCCAAUUUCUGUCGCGAAUUAUGAAUUAUAUAAAGUGGACUUUAGAAACGAUUGACUAUUGUCGAUAUGAUUUAGUAUUAGUAAGCAAUGCGUAAAUAAACUGUUGUAUGUGAAGAAAGUGUAUAUUUAAGGAUAUGCACACUAAAUUUUCGAAAAUAUCACUUGACAAACAAAGUCCAAAUCACAAAUUUCUAUAUAUUACACUAGACCGCUAAUUGUAACUUGGAACGUGAAACCCAGCAUCUAUUUGUUAAAUGGAUAGAUUGAGUAUAUACAAGAAGAAUAGCGUACAAAGAAUUAUUGAACACUUUAUAACACGUUAUGAUGUCUAUAUAUCAUAAACAUUAUAGUUCUAUAAACUUCAUAUAACUAUAAUGUAUGUGUUAUUUUCAUCUACUCAACAUAUGGCCAAUUAUUUUCUUACUCGCAUUACAUAUUAUUCUCACGCAUUGGAUGAGUAGUUUCUGGUGUAGUAUGUGGAAGUCUGUGAUCUAAACGGAUGAAAAAGAUGAAAUGAGAAUCGGAUUGUACGAAUGUCUAAUUAAUAUUUCAAUGAAACAAUCGAUAAAUCAUCUCUCAAUGUUGCAUUUCAUGUUUUCAGCUUUCAUUUGUUUUUAUACUUUUUCAUUUGACGAGCAUGUAUGCCAACACGUUCUGAGCAUUAUCUUUCCUGCCCUACGUAAUGUCUGUGUAAUGUCCCUUAUUGCACAUAUUAUUUUGCGCAAGUGACAACACCGUUGUGUUGCAUUCUACUGUUGUAUAUGAAUGUUGCGUGCGGACGAUAUUGCGUACCUGUGUUGUGUGCGCUUAUUGUUAUUAUUUAUGUUCCAAUUUCGUGCGACUUAAAUAGCGAAGGAUCGCGAACGUUGUUUCGCCGAUACGUUCCAAUUUACAUUAUUUAUUUAUUACAUACAACAUAUGCAAACAGGAAAAUCGCUGUUUUGUGUCCUACCAACGAUCAUUAAUUCAGAACGAUCCAGCAGGAUUUACGUUUUGCGCAUUGAUCGCUAUUAUUUAUGUUCUAAGUAUAUAAUAAUUAAAUGGCAAAGAAUCAAA